AUGCUAUUGAAAUUGACUACAAAGAUCAAGGAACAAAGACGACAGAGCAGAGAAAACAAGAAGAGGGCAUAGAGAUAAAAAAGAGAGGAGGAAAAACGUCUAGAGCAUAUUGUAGGCAAGUUUUAAAUGUAACUUGAAAGUAUUCCUCAUAAGAAAAAAAAUAAUUAAUAGCAAAGCUCUCUAGAGAGGAUGAGUGCUAAGGAAUUUUAAUAAAAGUCCAAGCUAGAAAUAGAGGAGUGGGUUUCAUUGCUUAUGAAAACUGAUCUAUCUAUGAUGAGUUAUGAGCAUUUUUAGUAUCUAAUAAACCAGGACGAAAUUCUAAGGAGGAUUGCUAAAGCGAUUCAUCCUAAUUGUCUAAGAAUAGAUGGCAAAGGCUCUCAAGUUCAAGAGACUUUGCUAUAAGUAGAGGAGAUUCUCAAGGAAUCGCAAAAAGAUUUGUAUUUAGAUUUUAGAGAUAACAGGAUCACUUAUGAUUAACUUAAGGCAAGAUUGUUUGAAAGAAGGGGUGUAGGAGAAUAUAAGGUCUAUGAUGAUAUUAAAAAGGAUUUACAUCCAAGUAUAAUUGAUGGCUUGGACUAAUAUGGGAAAGUAAUGGAUCUAUUAUACAAGGGAAAGGAUAAAUUAGAAGUAUCAGACCUGCUUAAGCCUUAUGAAAGCUGGCAAAUUAAUCAUAGAUGCCUAAAGACUAUAUAAUAUAAGCAUAUCAAGGAUAAGCUUAAAACAGAAACUGCAUAAACUCAGAGUAAGGAUAUUAAAUGGAUUAUAGGUUAAGAGUAUGAAGCAAGUGUAGAUUAUCCGAUGAAAAUGUCAUAAAGUUUGCCUAAAGUUAAAUCAAAUGUAUUCAAACAGAAGAAGUAGUAAUAAAAUAUGAGUUAAGAAACAAAAUUACUUAUCCAAUAGCAAAAGAAAUAGGAAAGAGAAUAUCAAGAGAGAAAGAGGAAUUUUGUGUUUCUUAAAAAGCUUUAGUAGAAUGGACAGCACAUCUGUGUCAAUGACUAUAUUAAAUCAUAUCUUGAUCUCAAAGAUGAUCUUGAAAAAGCGAUAGAGGAAGAUUUGAAAAGUGAAGCAGAUCAGGAGGAUGAAUAAAUUAACUCUUAAAACAUUCAGAAUAAUGAUAAGGUAUAGAGGAGUUAAGAAAAGCAUAGAAUAAGUAAUUUCAAGUAAAAAAGAGAAAAACUUAUUAGUUCAACAAAUGAGUCCCUUAGAGCAGAUAGUAUGCCAAGUGUUACCAAACUCAGAGUAAAUUUGAAGAAUGACAAAAACCUUUAAAACUUCAAUAAUAGUGCCAUAGUAAGUAGUAAUUUGUAUAACUCCAACUCAAUUAAUCAAGGAGUGAAUCUAAGUUCUAUACAAGAUUCUCACAGGUAAAAAUAUGAGAGUUUAAACAGAUCUAUUAUGUCAAAUGGAGAGCCAAUAAGGAGUAUGGACCUUAAACUGGAGAGAUUGAAGUCUAACCUUAGCAGAAAUCUGCUUAGACAUAACUAAUCGUUCAUGAAUAGUUAAGGCUUGCAAAAUUAGAACACUCUAAAUCUAUCAGAGUCUUUCAAGCAAUUUGUAUCUUAAUAUGGAAUCCCUCUAGAUAAUCAUAAUAAUGAAUCAUUCACCUUUAGUAAUCCAGUCCUCAGAACUCUCAAUUCACCAGGAGCUAGAGAUGCUUCUGUAAAUGUGAUGAGUGCAGGUAACUUUAAGCAUCCGCCUAAUUUCUUGUACUCCCACACCUCCCACAAUCUUAGUUAAAAUGAUAGUAAUAAAACAAUACCAAUUAGAGAGUAUAGCAGGUAAAUGAUAUGA